GGCGAGCGAUGCUGGGGCUGCGUGUGGCUGGGCGGGCCGGCGCGGCGCUCCUGCGGGAGGUCCCCCGGCGGGCGCCGCAGCGCUGGGCCUCCAGCCUGCCCCUCAACACGGUGGUGCUCUUCGUGCCGCAGCAGGAGGCCUGGGUGGUGGAGCGCAUGGGCCGCUUCCACCGCAUCCUCGAGCCGGGACUGAACUUCCUCAUCCCACUACUGGAUCGCAUACGCUACGUACAAAGCCUCAAAGAGAUAGUCAUCAAUGUGCCGGAACAGUCAGCUGUUACUCAUGAUAACGUGACCCUCCAAAUAGACGGUGUCCUCUACUUGCGGAUCAUGGACCCUUACAAGGCUAGUUAUGGAGUAGAGGACCCAGAGUAUGCAGUGACCCAGCUUGCUCAGACGACCAUGCGCUCUGAACUGGGCAAGCUCUCCCUCGACAAAGUCUUCCGGGAACGGGAAUCCCUCAAUGCCAGCAUCGUGGACGCCAUCAACCAGGCCUCGGACUACUGGGGCAUCCGGUGCCUGCGCUACGAGAUCAAGGACAUCCAUGUGCCUCCCCGCGUGAAGGAGUCUAUGCAGAUGCAGGUGGAAGCCGAGCGGCGCAAGCGGGCCACCGUGCUGGAAUCGGAAGGCACCCGAGAGUCGGCCAUCAACGUGGCUGAGGGGCAGAAGCAGGCUCAAAUCCUGGCCUCAGAAGGGGAGAGAGCCGAGCGGAUCAACCAAGCUGCCGGGGAGGCCAACGCUCUGCUGGUGAAGGCCCAGGCCAAGGCAGAGGCUAUCCAGCUCCUGGCAGCUGCUCUGACCCAGCAGAAUGGCAACGCAGCUGCCUCCUUGUCUGUGGCUGAGCAGUACGUGAGCGCCUUCUCCAGGCUGGCGAAAGAGGGCAACACUCUCCUCCUGCCCUCCAACGCGGGGGACGUCUCCAGCAUGGUGGCCCAGGCAAUGGGCAUCUAUGCUACGCUGAGCAAGCCCCUGGUAGCGAAGGGCGAGGAAGCUGCAGCCCCUUCCGCCCCCCAGAUACAGCUGCCCUCCAGCACACAGCAGCCUGAGCACGAACAGCCAGAUGCCAGCUGACAGGAGCCCCCUGGGACCAAGCAGAGCCCUCCCCCCCCAUUCCGCCCCCUCUGCCCAGUUUGUGGACUUAAUCAUGUGAUAAAAGGCAAUGGCCUGACGCCGGCUGCCUGGUCUAGUGCUGCAAGAGUCCAGCAGGAGGAAGCGGUUCUGGAAUCAGAGGACUGCUUGAGGGAAGACGAGAAUCCUUGCAGGAGAAGGGGGGGGGGUGGUUAUAAAAAGCAGGAUCUUGCCUCUCAGCGAUCAGAACGGGGUGGGGGAGACCCAGUUGGGCUUUGAUGGGCAGCCUCCUAAGGGCUGUCUGCUGUACCACAGUGACUUAAUCCAGGGGUGGCCAAGGGUAGCUCUCCAGAUGUUUUUUUUCCUACAACUCCCAUCAGCCCCAGCCAUUGGCCAUGCUGGCUGGGGCUGAUGGGAGUUGUAGGCAACACAACAUCUGGAGAGCUACCCUUGGCCACCCCUGACUUAUUGGGUUGGGGGGGUGGUGAGAGGAGUGCACCUGGCUUUGGGCACAUCUACCAGGCCCAUGGCAAAGAGGAGCCAGGAGGCCUAACGGGAAGUGGGGUCUGCUGGUGGCGGUGGUGGUGCAAGAAGUAGAAACUCACUGUUUGUACGUUUGCAAUAAACAGUUACUGAAAAGUCA